AUUGCAUUGGUCACUGGGGGAAAUCGAGGGAUCGGUUUCGGUAUCACCACCCAGCUUUUACGCAACGGAGUGAAGGGUGACCAUGGUCAGUGUUAACGAAACGCGUGGAAGUAAGGCCGUUCGGUUACUAACUGAGGAGUUUGGGAGUGGAAAAGUGAUUUGGAUCCGAGCCGAUGUUAGCGACGAAAGAGAACUUGAGGAAGCGUUUAAAGUAUCAACUGCCCACUGGGGGGCUUUGGAUAUUGUUGUAAAUGACGCUGGGGUGUCCGACGAGUCAAACCCGGUUCGAGUAAUAAACGUUAACGCGGUGGGAGUAAUGCAAGGCACCAUAUUAGGGUUCAGGUACAUGAGUGUAGCUAAAGGUGGACGUGGCGGGGUUGUGAUUAACGUGGCUUCAAUUAUGGGAAUAGAACCUAGCUUCAUGACACCAGCUUACAGCGGUAGUAAAGCCUUCGUUAUUGGAGUGGGACGCUCAUUUGGAAACCAGCUCUAUUGUAACCACAACAAAGUGCGCGUAAUGACAAUAUGUCCAGCACUCACCGAUACGGAUCUCGUAAAGGAUGAAUCAAUAUUGGCUAGCAGAUCCAAUGAAUUUAUACCGGGACUUAAGGAGAUGAGCUUAUUACAGUUCGAAUCUUUAUAUAAACAGACGCCUGAUAAUGUUGGUAAAGCCGUAGUGGCGAUGCUAAAUGAGGGCGACAGUGGAAGCGUGUGGGUAUCGGAAAAUGAAGAACCACCUUAUCAAGUUGAAUUUCCGGAUAGGAAAACAAUGAAGAAGAGCAGCUUGUCAACUUUCUUCGAUCAUCUCUUCAACUAG